AUGGCUAUCAGCAACCUCCUCCACGCAGCUCAAGUCGAAGCCAUCGAGGAUCCCUUGCAGGCUUUGGCUGUGGCCUUCUUUCUGGUUCCAAUCCUCUACGUUUUGGUCAAUGAAAUCGUUCGACGGCAGGCCCGAGUGGUUGGUCUUCACGGACCAAGGGGCCUUCCUCUUAUAGGGAAUCUCUGGCAAAUUCGAAAGAACGCCGCCGAGAAAUAUCGACAAUGGGCCCGUACUUAUGGUGCUGUUUACCAAAUACAAUUGGGCAAUAUUCCGGUUGUAGUGGUUAAUUCUGCUGCAUCUGCGAAGGUUUUGUUUGGCCAACAUGCUCAGGCACUGAGUUCGAGGCCGGAAUUCUAUACUUUCCACAAGGUUCUAUCGAAUACGGCAGGAACAACCAUCGGGACAUCACCAUACAGCGACUCGCUGAAGAGGAGAAGAAAGGGUGCCGCGUCAGCCCUCAAUCGACCGUCGAUUCAGACAUACGUAUCCCACUUAGACCUCGAGAGCAAGGACUUUAUUGCAGAACUACUGAAUUACGGGAAGGCAGGAUCGGAGCCCGUCGACCCACUCCCUUGUAUACAAAGAUUAAGUCUUAGCUUGGCUCUUACAUUAAACUGGGGGGUUCGAAUGGAUAGCCAAGAGAACGCAAUGUUUGACGAAAUUACGCAUGUCGAGGAAGAAAUUUCCAGGUUUCGGUCUACUACGGGUAAUCUCCAAGACUACAUUCCCCUUCUACGACUCAACCCAUUCAGCUUUGGAUCGAAAAAAGCUGGCGAGAUGCGAGACCGUAGAGAUGUUUACUUGACUGCCUUGAACAAAGGCCUGGAAGAUCAAAUGGAAAAAGGGACACACCGACCAUGUAUCCAAGCGAACGUCAUACUUGAUGAGGAGGCAAAACUUAAUAGUGAAGAGCUUACCUCAAUCAGUCUGACUAUGCUUUCAGGGGGCCUUGAUACGGUUACAACACUUCUUCAGUGGAGUGUUGCAUUGUUGGCUCAACAUCCAGAUAUCCAGCAGAAGGCUUGGAAGGAGAUCGAGGAGUUUUACUCGGUGGACCAACCACUUUGUGAUGCACUCGAUGACCAGAAAUGCUCUUACGUCGUUGCUCUGGCCCGCGAGUGUUUGAGAUACUUCACCGUACUUCGACUAGCCCUACCUCGAGUCUCGGUCAAGGACGUGACAUACGAGGGGGUCGUGAUUCCGAAUGGGACAGUCUAUUUCCUUAACGCUUGGAGCUGUAAUAUGGACGAAGAAGUAUGGGAUGAUCCCAACGAGUUCCGACCCGAACGUUGGCUGGAGCAGGAGAACGCAGAUGCACCUAUGUUUAGCUACGGCCUAGGGUACCGCAUGUGUGCUGGCUCGCUGCUUGCGAAUCGUGAGCUUUACCUCGUCUUCAUCCGCAUGCUUCAUUCAUUCGAGAUCCAGAAAUUCGACAAUGUGGAUUGCCAUCCAGUGCGAGGCAGUGCAGAUCCAACAAGCCUUGUCUCUAUGCCAAAACGAUAUAAGGCGAAAUUUAUUCCUCGGAAAUUGAGCGCACUGGAAAAGGCUUUGGCG